AUGAUUGAAACAAAACCGCGCCGCUCUAUCGAGCUGCCAGAUGAGGUGCUGUAUAAAAUAAUCUUCUACACCCUCGGCCACAACGGCAGUGUCAUCCAUGGACGGCACAACGACAUAACAAAGAGCAAGCUUUUUGAGCAGCUCCUCAAUUUGCUCUGCGUCUCGUCGAAAUUCCAUGAUCUCACAAAGUCGGUCUUCUAUGGCAAGAGUAGUUUCAAGUUUCCAAUGGACUUCGAGCGCUGCAUGAGCCUCGUGAACAAACAUGGAAACUCCCUUGGUCCUCUUCUCCCGCCAAGGUGGGCUCUACGCUCCCUCCGAGACAUCACUCUCGAGAUCCCUCUCAUGGACUCACGCCUCGAGCUGCCCAACAUUGCACGUCGCGGCUUCCUUAGUCGUGGCAGUCAUGAGCUUCGCAAAGUCAUCUGGUUCACUUCCGUCGGAGACCUCUACCGCUACUGCCCCGGUGCACGCAUGCUCCGCCUUCUCACCAACAACCUCACGGAGCUUACUGUCAUCAACAUCCACAUAAUCGAAAACUUCCGUAACGAGGACAAGCAUGGGGCAAUUGAUCUAUACCGCGCUGCUGGCUUCAACAUCCGUGCCGGCGAAGUCAACGUGCGCGUCAGCAAUCUCAUCACGCCCGAUUGUCCUCAGAAGCCCUGGUAUCCUGAUUUGAUCAAGGCUCUCAACAUCCAGGAGAGGGUGACCCGCCACUGA